AUGGCGAGCGGCGGUGGCGGGGGUAACACCGGCGCGGGCGGGGGGCCGGGGAUGGGCCUGAGCCUGGGCCUGGGUCUGGGUCUGAGCCUAGGCAUGAGUGAGGCCACCAGUGAGGCAGAGGAGGAGGCGGCCGCGGCCGAGGCGGUGGGACGCCUGGCCACGACGCUGUGGCUGCGGCUCCGCGGCUGGGAGGCGGUGCUGGCGGCGGCGCAGCGGUUGCUGGUGUGGGAGAAGCCGCUGCACAGCCUGGUCACGGCGGCCGCGCUCAACGGCCUCUUCUGGUUGCUGUCUUCCUCGUCCCUCCGGCCCUUCUUCCUACUCAGCGUCUCACUUUUGGCCUAUUUUCUGCUGGAUCUCUGGCAGCCUCGCUUUCUCCCUGACGUUUCAGCAUCAUCCCCAGAGGAGCCACACUCUGACAGUGAGGGUGCGGGGUCAGGCGCCCGGCCGCACCUGCUGAGUGUGCCUGAGUUGUGCAGAUACCUGGCUGAGAGCUGGCUCACCUUCCAGAUUCACCUGCAGGAGCUGCUGCAGUACAAGAGGCAGAAUCCAGCUCAGUUCUGCGUUCGAGUCUGCUCUGGCUGUGCUGUGUUGGCUGUGUUGGGACACUAUGUUCCAGGGAUUAUGAUUUCCUACAUUGUCUUGUUGAGUAUCCUGCUGUGGCCCCUGGUGGUUUAUCAUGAGCUGAUCCAGAGGAUGUACACUCGCCUGGAGCCCCUGCUCAUGCAGCUGGACUACAGCAUGAAGGCAGAAGCCAAUGCCCUGCAUCACAAACACGACAAGAGGAAGCGUCAGGGGAAGAAUGCACCCCCAGGAGGUGAUGAGCCACUGGCAGAGACAGAGAGUGAAAGCGAGGCAGAGCUGGCUGGCUUCUCCCCAGUGGUGGAUGUGAAGAAAACAGCAUUGGCCUUGGCCAUUACAGACUCAGAGCUGUCAGAUGAGGAGGCUUCUAUCUUGGAGAGUGGUGGCUUCUCCGUAUCCCGGGCCACAACUCCGCAGCUGACUGAUGUCUCCGAGGAUUUGGACCAGCAGAGCCUGCCAAGUGAACCAGAGGAGACCCUAAACAGGGACCUAGGGGAGGGAGAGGAGGGAGAGCUGGCCCCUCCCGAAGACCUACUAGGCCGUCCUCAAGCUCUGUCAAGGCAAGCCCUGGACUCGGAGGAAGAGGAAGAAGAUGUGGCAGCUAAGGAAACCUUGUUGCGGCUCUCAUCCCCCCUCCACUUUGUGAACACGCACUUCAAUGGGGCAGGGUCCCCCCCAGAUGGAGUGAAAUGCUCCCCUGGAGGACCAGUGGAGACACUGAGCCCCAAGACAGUGAGUGGUGGCCUCACUGCUCUGCCCGGCACCCUGUCACCUCCACUUUGCCUUGUUGGAAGUGACCCAGCCCCCUCCCCUUCCAUUCUCCCACCUGUUCCCCAGGACUCACCCCAGCCCCUGCCUGCCCCUGAGGAAGAAGAGGCACUCACCACUGAGGCCUUUGAGUUGCUGGAUCAGGGGGAGCUGGAGCAGCUGAAUGCAGAGCUGGGCUUGGAGCCAGAGACACCGCCAAAACCCCCUGAUGCUCCACCCCUGGGGCCCGACAUCCAUUCUCUGGUACAGUCAGACCAAGAAGCUCAGGCCGUGGCAGAGCCAUGAGCCAGCCAUUGGGGAAGGAGCUGCAGGCACAGUAGGGCUUCCUGGCUAGGAGUGUUGCUGUUUCCUCCUUUGCCUACCACUCUGGGGUGGGGCAGUGUGUGGGGAAGCUGGCUGUCGGAUGGUAGCUAUUCCACCCUCUGCCUGCCUGCCUGCCUGCUGUCCUGGGCAUGGUGCAGUACCUGUGCCUAGGAUUGGUUUUAAAUUUGUAAAUAAUUUUCCAUUUGGGUUAGUGGAUGUGAACAGGGCUAGGGAAGUCCUUCCCACAGCCUGCGCUUGCCUCCCUGCCUCAUCUCUAUUCUCAUUCCACUAUGCCCCAAGCCCUGGUGGUCUGGCCCUUUUUUUCUCCUAUCCUCAGGGACCUGUGCUGCUCUGCCCUCAUGUCCCACUUGGUUGUUUAGUUGAGGCACUUUAUAAUUUUUCUCUUGUCUUGUGUUCCUUUCUGCUUUAUUUCCCUGCUGUGUCCUGUCCUUAGCAGCUCAACCCCAUCCUUUGCCAGCUCCUCGUAUCCUGUGGGCACUGGCCAAGCUUUAGGGAGGCUCCUGGUCUGGGAAGUAAAGAGUAAACCUGGGGCAGUGGGUCAGGCCAGUAGUUACACUCUUAGGUCACUGUAGUCUGUGUAACCUUCACUGCAUCCUUGCCCCAUUCAGCCCGGCCUUUCAUGAUGCAGGAGAGCAGGGAUCCCGCAGUGCAUGGCGCCAGCACUGGAGUUGGUGAGCAUGUGCUCUCUCUUGAGAUUAGGAGCUUCCUUACUGCUCCUCUGGGUGAUCCAAGUGUAGUGGGACCCCCUACUAGGGUCAGGAAGUGGACACUAACAUCUGUGCAGGUGUUGACUUGAAAAAUAAAGUGUUGAUUGGCUAGAA